AGCAAAUUUCUUAUAUAUGCCUGCCUGCUGCUUUUUUCUGUGUUGCUCUCUUUACGUCUGGAUGACAAAAUUCAAUGGAGCUACUGGGCUGUGUUUGCUCCAAUAUGGCUGUGGAAGCUAAUGGUGAUUGUUGGUGCCUCGGUGGGAACAGGAGUAUGGGCACGAAACCCACAGUAUCGAGCAGAAGGAGAAACGUGUGUGGAGUUCAAAGCUAUGUUAAUUGCAGUAGGCAUCCACCUGCUACUGCUGAUGUUUGAAGUUCUGGUGUGUGACAGGAUCGAAAGAGGAACCCAUUUUUGGCUUCUGGUCUUCAUGCCGUUAUUCUUUGUAUCUCCAGUGUCAGUUGCAGCUUGUGUGUGGGGAUUCCGACAUGACAGAUCUUUGGAGCUGGAAAUCUUGUGUUCAGUCAACAUUCUACAGUUCAUAUUUAUCGCACUCAGAUUAGAUGAGAUCAUCAGAUGGCCGUGGCUUGUUGUUUGCGUUCCUUUAUGGAUCUUGAUGUCCUUUCUGUGUCUAGUAGUGCUCUACUACAUUGUGUGGUCUGUUCUGUUCUUGCGCUCGAUGGAUGUGAUUGCUGAACAGAGGAGGACCCACAUAACAAUGGCUGUCAGCUGGAUGACAAUUGUCGUUCCUCUGCUCACAUUUGAGAUUUUACUAGUGCACAGACUGGAUGGGCACAACUCUUUCUCUUUUAUACCCAUAUUUGUUCCUCUCUGGCUGUCACUGAUAACUUUAAUGGCAACAACGUUUGGACAAAAAGGAGGAAAUCACUGGUGGUUUGGAAUUCGAAAAGACUUCUGUCAGUUCCUGCUUGAAAUUUUCCCAUUCUUGCGAGAAUAUGGAAAUAUUUCGUAUGACCUUCAUCAUGAAGAUAGUGAAGAAGCAGAAGAAACACCAGUUCCAGAACCACCAAAAAUUGCACCCAUGUUCAGAAAAAAGACUGGAGUGGUCAUUACACAGAGUCCUGGAAAAUAUGUGAUUCCACCUCCCAAGUUAAACAUUGAUAUGCCAGAUUGAGAUGACAACAGGUUAAUACACUGGGACUGGGAAUCAGCAGACAAAUGUAUUUCAUCUCAUGCCUUGUCCUGAUUACUUAAAAAUAGCUAUUUGUGAAUCAGUGGCUUGUAUUAUAGAGAUCGGAGAUUUUUAAUAUAAUUUGAGAGCUUUACAUGUUUGUGUAAAAUCGUAUGGAAGCAAAUCAAAGUGGGAACACUACUUCUAGUUCACAAAUGGAAACAAACUUCAUACAAAAAUGUACCCCAUG